ACAUCAGUCACAGGUCCACACUCUCACACACAUGAAAACAGUACAACAAAAAGGACAAAGAAUUGCAGCUGUGUAGUGUUUAGUGUCAUGUCACAGUAACAUACUCCCAUUGCCCUUUUUCCCAUCCCUUCAUACUCCCCCUCCACCUCUCUACAUUCCAUUUCUCCGCUUCUCUUCCUUCCCAUUUUACCCCCCAGUCUUCACGAGCGUCGGCACAUUUUCUUGGAAUUUUCUGACCCACAUACCAAAAACUCCCUCAACAUUUUAAAUUUAUCUUCAAAUUUUUUUUCAUGGUUCGAGAAUUCAAGAAACUCAAGUUCACCUAAGUACAGCAAAUAGCUUAGGGAAUAGAGUUAGUUAUUCAUGGACAGUAAGGAAGUGAUGUUUUGCUUGUUUUUGUUGUUUAUGGCGUCACUAUGUUGUUGUGAUGUUGCUGAAGCUAAACAGGGCAGCAUGUCUAUUGUUGCCCAAAAAUUUGAGGUUCAAAAGCACUUGAAUCGUUUAAAUAAACCUGCUGUCAAGUCCAUCAAGAGCCCAGAUGGUGAUAUUAUUGAUUGUGUUCAUAUGUCUCACCAACCAGCUUUUGAUCAUCCUUUACUCAAGAAUCACACCAUACAGAUGAUGCCAAAUUAUAAUCCGGAAGGGCUAUUUCGUAAUGGAAAAAUGUCUACCACAGCAAAGAACAAGAAUGGAGGAGGGUCAAAAUCAAUUGCUCAACUAUGGCAUGUGAAUGGGAGAUGUCCAGAAGGAACAAUUCCAAUUAGAAGAACAAAAAGAGAUGAUAUUUUAAGAGCAAGUAAUAUAAAAAGCUAUGGUAGGAAGACAAAUUUUUCUUCCAUUCCUAAACCGGAGUCCGGUGGACCUGGUGGCAUUGGUGGCCAAAAUGGUCAUCAGCAUGCAAUAGCCUAUGUUGAAGGAGACAAGUAUUAUGGAGCAAAAGCAACCAUAAAUGUUUGGGAACCUAAAAUUCAGCAACCCAAUGAGUUUAGUUUGUCUCAAAUUUGGGUUCUUGCUGGUUCUUUUGAUUCAGAUCUUAAUAGCAUUGAAGCUGGAUGGCAGGUUAGCCCAGAUUUGUAUGGAGAUAGUAACACAAGACUUUUCACCUACUGGACUACUGAUGCUUAUCAAGCCACGGGCUGCUACAACUUGCUAUGUUCAGGCUUUAUUCAAAUCAAUAAUGAAAUAGCAAUGGGGGCCACCAUUUCCCCUCUUUCCAGCUAUCAUAAUGCACAAUAUGAUAUUAGCAUUCUUGUCUGGAAGGACCCAAAAGAGGGAAACUGGUGGAUGCAAUUUGGGAAUGACCAAGUACUGGGAUAUUGGCCAGGCUAUUUAUUUUCUUACUUAUCAGAUAGUGCUUCAAUGAUUGAAUGGGGUGGGGAGGUGGUGAAUUCAGCAUCUGAUGGACUUCACACCACAACUCAAAUGGGCAGUGGCCAUUUCCCUGAUGAAGGAUUUGGGAAAUCUAGCUAUUUCAGGAAUAUACAGGUUGUUGAUGGUUCAAAUAACUUGAGAGCUCCUCAAGACCUUGGGACUUUUACUGAGGAUAACAAUUGCUAUGAUGUUCAACUAGGGAAGAAUAAUGACUGGGGGAACUACUUUUACUUCGGUGGACCUGGUAGAAAUCCUAAUUGUCCAUGACCAAGAUUCUAAAUGUUCUUAAAUCUUUUUUUUUUUUUUUUCUUUCUGGUCUUUUUAAUGGAGUAGAACUUGUAAUUUUGCAUGAGUUCUUGAAUGAUCAUUGUUUUACUCUUUGUAAAACUUCUGUUUUAGAGGCUAGGUUAGUGCAGCAAAAUGUGUAUCAUCUUUGGUUUUAAUUGUAUGAAAAGUUUUAUUUUUUUCCUUUCUUUUUAGAAUGUGUCUGUGUCCACAUGAAAAUGUUGUUGGGGACAUAAUGGAGGGUGAAGUUUCUUAAAAGGAAUAAAUACCCUUUUUAUAUGUAACAUUUGUAACUGUUUGUUUGCUCCUGUCUUAGGAGCCAUAUAUAUUGGUUUAUUAUCAAUGGAGGAGAUUCAUAUGUC